AUGAAGUUUGCCGUUGCAGCCGUUCUCGCCUCGCUCCUAAUCGCCGGAAUCUCCGCUGACGAAACUUGGGCCUGCGCCAAUGUCCCCUACAUUAAGUGCGACCAUGACAACACAGAAGUCUGCGCAAGCAACGGCGUCACCUACAAGAAUUCAUGCGAGUUCAGCAAGGCCAACUGCGACAACAAGGGCAUGAGAGUGCUGCACCAGGGCAUGUGCAAUAGGAGCGAGGGUGGCCGGCGAUUGAGAGACGUCGAGGCUUAA